AUCUACACUCAACAGAAUGAGACAAUCACUGCGCUCUUCCACCUACAUAUCAUUGCUUGUUCUGUGGGGUUGUGCUUUCAGUAACCUCCUGCUUAAAGAAACCCACCACAUAGCCUUUAGCAAAUCUUCAAUCCACAUUGAAUUUAAUAUCAGAGAUAAUUCCAGCAUAUCAAGAAAUGCUACAGUAACUCUGCUGGACGUUAAGAACAACCAGAUAGUUACAAGUAAAGAACUUCCUGCAAACAUAUCACAUGGUAUUUUGGAAUAUGAGUGCUUCUAUUUCACAUCGGCUGGUCUAUAUCAGUUUCAAAUGAGCCUGGAGAGAAAUAAUGACAGCGCUGUUCACAUCAGCAGCAGCUUCCUGAACGUAACUUGGCCAGUGUUUCACAUGGAUCUGAACAGAACUUCAAAGGAUAUGCAGAGAUCCUUCCAGGUUGGGGUCUUUACCAAUGAAAAGCUUUGCUCAGGGUUUUCUGGUCAGGAGGCCAAGAUUUUACUAGAGGUUGAGCACACUCAGAACUUUCGAGGGCUGGCAGAACCGAACACCGAUCAGUUCAUGCAGUACAAGACGUUCAAGGAAAUUGCUUUGUCCACAUCACAGUGGGUAGAAAUUGAAUGUGCAUCUAUUCGCCCAGAAGCCUUCAUCACAGUGUCUCUGAAACCAAUGGAUUCUGAGUCAGUGAUUGCCUAUAUUGGACCCACUGAUCUUGUUAAAACCUUCAAAUAUAAGCUGACCACAGUGACAGAAAAAAAAUGUGAUUCCUCAAUGGCUGUCUACGUUAUACCUCCGCCAUGUAAUUACGUUGAGGGUAAAAUGAUUGUAUACAAAGAGUCUCCUAGAAGCCCGGGAGAAGGUGUCACAACGUUAGCUGAAAAUGCUCUACAAAGAGGAGAACGGAACUCUCAGUUCAACUGCACAUUGUUUGAGAUUGGCAAAAAUAAGUAUUGCUUUGAGUUCCUGAUGUCUUCAAGCAGCAGCCCCAAUUUCUCACUUCCAACAGCCAAACAGUGUGUGGAGAUUCGGAGAGAAAUUGAGACGUGGAGUCUGUGGCAGCCAUGGAGUUCCUGUAGCACCACCUGUGGGGAUGGCCACAGAGAACGGUACAGAACCUGCCUUUCAUCACCCUCUAUAAAGCCUUCUUGUAGUGGAACAUCAAAAGAGACCUCUCUCUGCUCUCUCGAGGACUGCUCAACUGUGAAGCCCUCAAGCAAAUCCACUACAAAUGCUAAGGAUGUCCCUAAUACAAGCAACACAGUGACUAUCACUGGAAUUUCUCUCUGCCUCUCCAUCAUCUUUGUAACCGUAGUGAUUACCGUCUGGAGGAAAUUUGGUAACGGAUGCAAGUGCCGCCCAACAACCAGGCAUAGCUCUGCCCAUUCAGUGAAUUGCUGGAAAAACUCAGAUGAGGAGAAUAUAUACAAAAUGAGGGAAAGCUUCUCUGAUGCAGCGGAAGGUCAGCCAGAAGGGGUGGAAGAUGGAGUCCAUAUACCUUUAAAUUACAGACAAAACACCCGUGAUGGCCAAGAGGUGGUCACAACCGAAAAUGAUUGUGCUCAGGCAAACAGCCAGAAGAUGAUUCCACCCAUUUUCAGUUAUCGCCUUGCUCAGCAGCAGCUAAAAGAGAUGAAACAAAAGGGUCUGAAAGAAGCCACAAAAUUGUAUCACGUCUCUCAGAGCCCAAUGGCCGAUACUGCUCUAGACAUCUCUAUGGCUCCACCCCCUGUCACUGACAACUCAGAGGAGUUGGCAGCAAAUAAGUUUAGGAUACAGUCUCCAUUUUUAGAGCCAAAAAAUAGCCAAAGCAGAAGUGCUGGUGAACGAACUUACCCAAAGUUUCCACAGACACUUGGAUACAGCCCAAAUCAAACAUUGCCCAAAGCAUCCCACCUUAAGAACACAGAUACUAAAGCAAAGUAUGACAGAGGCUAUCAGAAAAAUAAUUUCCGAAGAACAUCAAGUUUUCAUGACACUAAACACCUUAAACCCUACAGGGAAAGAAGUUUAACAUCCCUUUCUCCAAGACAAGCAAUGAUGUACAACUCAAGAAUCCGAAUGUGGGAGUAUUCUACAGUAGACAGGUCAAAUAAAAAAACAAUAGGACUGGAAAAAAGUCCAGAAAACCUCACACGGGGCAUCUCUCUUCCCCUGGAGGCAACUGGACAUCUGCCCCCAAAUCAAUAUGCUCGACAAGCAGAGAAACCUGAUUUAAUCUGCAGCAGGCACACCACUGGCAGGCAGUCUAAAAUUGAGCAACCAGAUCAGAACCGACUACGGAAAGGACCGUCACCAGUUGAGAAGUCUUGGAACAAGGCCAAAAAUGUCUCACCAUCUCCUAAAGAUAUGUAUUACAGGAGAAGUCCUCAAAGUCCAGCUCAUUUCCGAAGAGAAAAGUGCCAGAGCUUCCCUUGGGGAACUGAUUAUUCUUUCUAUGACAACUCCACAUUUGGGCUCACAGAGGCUGAACAGCAAAUGCUUGAUUUACCGGGAUAUUUUGCUUCGAAUGAAGAAGAUGAGACAAGUACAUUAAGUAUUGAAAGACUGGUGAUUUGA